AUGAGAGGAAUAACAUCUUGCUACAACGAACAUGCCAUUAGAGUUUCUGAUUUAUACUGUUCAAGACCUUCAAAUCCAAAUCAUUCUUAUCUUGCUCCAAAGCUCAAUAACAACCCUUCAAUCCAAAAUUCAGUUACUUGCAUCUACAAACUCUCGAUUCAAAACCAAGAACUUCUCAUCACAGUAACAUGGACCAAGAAACUCAUUCGUCAAGGUUUCAUCAUAAACGUCGAUUCUGAUUUUGUUAAUGUUAUCUCGAAAAACAGAGGAGAUGAAACGUUUCGGCUUCAAACCUUUCAAGUUAAACUCACAUGGGAUCUUUCCACUGCUAGAUACGACGAAGGGCCUGAACCGGUGGAAGGUUUUUACAUCAUCGUAUAUGUCAACUCUGAAUUGGGUCUUUUCCUCGGUGACAAAGAAGAUGAAUCAUCCUUGCAAGAGAAGAAAACACACGGAGCGAGAAUUUCAAUGGUCUCAAGAAGUGAAAGAUUUUCUGGUACAAGUGUUUAUGCGACAAAGGCCAAAUUUUCUGAAACGGGGAUAUUACAUGAGAUAUUGAUAAAGUGCGGUGUUGAAGAUGGAUCGAAGAGUCACGCGUUGUGUUUGUUUAUGGAUAAGAAGAUGGUGUUUCAAGUGAAAAGAUUGAAGUGGAAUUUUCGCGGGAAUCAAACCAUUUUCGUGGAUGGUUUAGUUGUUGAUAUGAUGUGGGAUUUGCAUGAAUGGAUUUUCAAUCAUCACAGUAAUGAUUCUGUUUCUUGUGUUUUUAUGUUUAGGACAAGAAGUGGUUUGGAUAGUAGAUUAUGGUUGGAAGAGAAGAAUUUGCAGAAAGAAAAGGAACAAGAUAGAAUUGGAUUCUCUUUGUUGAUAUGUGGAUGUAAGAAACCUGAUUAA